AUGUUCAGAAACAACUACGACAACGAUUCCGUCACCUUCUCCCCACAGGGCCGUAUCUUCCAGGUCGAAUAUGCUCUCGAGGCUAUAAAACAGGGUUCCGUCGCCGUGGGAUUGGUCAGCAAGACACACGCCGUGCUUGUUGCCCUGAAGCGGAACGCGGAGGAGCUGGGCAGUUACCAGAAGAAGAUCAUCGGAAUCGACACCCAUCUCGGUGUAGCCCUCGCCGGCCUGGCCCCCGACGCCCGUGUCCUCUCAAACUUCAUGCGCCAGCAAUCCAUGUCCUCCCGCCUCCUCUACAACCGCCCCGUCCCCGUCGCCCGCGUCGUCAACGCCAUCGCCGACAAGGCCCAGGUCAACACGCAGCACUACGGCCGCCGCCCAUACGGUGUCGGCCUGCUCGUUGCCGGCGUCGACGAGACCGGCCCUCACCUCUGGGAGUUCCAGCCAUCGGGAAUGGUGCUCGAGUACCGUGGGGCGUCCAUUGGUGCCCGCUCGCAGAGCGCUAGGACGUACCUGGAGCGUACGUAUGAGGAGUUUGCGGAUAGCAGCAGGGAGGAGCUCGUCCUGCAUGGGUUGAAGGCGUUGAGGGACUCGUUGGCGCAGGAUAAGGAGCUUACGAUUGCGAAUACGAGUGUUGCGGUGGUGGGCGUUGGCGGGGAGAAGUUUAAGCUCUAUGAUGGAGAUGAGGUGGGUGAGUGGCUUGAGAAGCUCGGGAAUGUCCAGAGCAGUAGGGGUGGGAGGGGGGCCGAGGAGGAGGAGGCUGCAGCUGCUCCGGAGGAGACUAUGGAUACAACAGAAUAG